AUGGCUUGGUAUGAGAUGAAAAACAGAGCCGCCCAAACCCUCCAUGAGGUCGGGCAAGUGCCGAGUACCAAGGAUCGCGAUGAGCUGGAUCUGGCACGGGUUGGGAAGAAAGCAGUGUUGAAGUCCAAGCGAAAUUUCGGUGUUUUGUCGAUUCUCGGAUUCAGUUGCACCAUCAUUGCGACAUGGGAAGGAUUGCUUGACACUUUUUUGAUUCCAAUGGAAAAUGGAGGACCUGCCACAGCAGUCUAUGGAUACAUCUUUGCAUGGAUCGGAACAGGAUGCUGUUUCCUCCUCCUCGCAGAAUUAUCUUCCAUGGCUCCCACCUCCGGUGGGCAAUACCACUGGUGCGCAAUGCUUGCACCCUCGAGUUGUAUGAAGUUCCUUAGCUAUAUCACAGGCUGGCUCACAGUUAUCGGCUGGCAAGCAGCUUUCGCAUCCACGGCGUUUCUCAGCGGAACGGAGAUCCAAGGAGCUGCCAUUCUAGCCCAUGAGAACUACAACGCCCAGCCCUACCAAGGAACCCUCAUCAUGUGGGCCUCUGUUUUCGUAGGUCUCUGUGUCAAUCUGAUCGGUGGAAAGUUCUUGCCCCGUCUGGAGAAUCUGGUCCUCGUACUCCACAUCCUUGGUUUCCUAGCCAUUCUAAUCCCUAUAACUUACAUGGCGGACCACAAGACCGCUCGAGAGGUCUUUACGACCUGGACUAAUGAAGGUGGCUGGUCAUCAAAUGGAAUUGUGUUCUUCCUCGGUAUGCAAGGUGGAAUAUUUGCUUUCUCAGGCGGUGAUGCCGCAGUCCACAUGGCCGAAGAGGUGCAAAACGCCUCCUUGACUAUCCCACGCGCCAUUAUGAUGACUGUCAUUAUCAACGGCAGUCUCGGAUUCGGCAUGCUACUCGCCGUGCUCUUCUGCAUGGGCGACCUCAGCGCUGCGCUUGAAACACCUACAGGCUACCCCUUCAUGCAGAUAUUCUACCAGGCUACUGGCUCGAAGUCAGGCACUCUCACCAUGAUAGCCAUCCUAUUAAUCAUCGGGAUCUGCGCCACGAUUGGCAUGUUAGCCGCUACAUCGCGACAGUUCUGGUCUUUCGCGAGAGACCGUGGAAUCCCUGGAUGGAGACUCUGGAGCAAGGCAAGCUGCACCCACCCUCUUGCCAUCACAUAA